CCCAAGAACAGCAAGGUGACGCAGCGGGAGCACAGCAGCGAACAUGUCACCGAGUCGGUGGCCGACCUGCUGGCCCACCAGGAGCCCGUGGACUACAAACGCAGCGUCCUCAACGUGACGGGCGGGGAGGCCUGGGACAAGCAGAAGGAGGGGGAGGAGGACCUGGAUGCGGAGAGGCCGGCCUGGAACAGCAAACUGCAGUAUAUCCUCGCCCAGAUCGGCUACUCCGUGGGGCUGGGCAACGUCUGGCGCUUCCCCUACCUCUGCCAGAAGAACGGAGGAGGUGCUUACUUGGUCCCAUACCUGGUCCUGCUCAUCAUCAUCGGGCUCCCCCUGUUCUUCCUGGAGCUGGCCGUGGGGCAGCGGAUCCGCAGGGGCAGCAUCGGAGUCUGGAAUUACAUCUGUCCCCGCCUGGGGGGCAUUGGCUACGCCAGCUGCCUCGUGUGUUUUUUCGUCGGUCUCUAUUACAACGUCAUCAUUGGCUGGAGCAUCUUCUACUUCUUCAAGUCCUUCCAGUACCCGCUGCCCUGGAGCGAGUGUCCCCUGGUGAAGAACGGCUCGGUGGCCAUUGUGGAGACAGAAUGUGAGAGGAGCUCGGCCACCACCUACUUCUGGUACCGGGAGACCCUGGACAUCUCCAACUCCAUCUCGGAGAGCGGGGGGCUCAACUGGAAGAUGACCCUGUGUCUGUUGGUGGCCUGGAGCCUGGUUGGCUUGGCCAUGAUCAAAGGCAUCCAGUCCUCCGGGAAGGUGAUGUACUUCAGCUCCCUCUUCCCGUACCUGGUGCUGGUUUGCUUCUUGGUGCGGGGACUUCUCCUGCGUGGGGCAGUGGAUGGGAUCAUGCACAUGUUCACACCCAAGCUGGACAAGAUGCUGGACCCCCAGGUGUGGCGGGAGGCGGCCACGCAGGUUUUCUUUGCCCUGGGCCUGGGCUUUGGGGGUGUCAUCGCCUUCUCCAGCUACAACAAGCAGGACAACAACUGCCACUUCGACGCCACACUCGUGUCCUUCAUCAACUUCUUCACGUCCGUGCUGGCCACCCUGGUGGUGUUUGCUGUGCUGGGCUUCAAGGCCAACAUCAUGAACGAGAAAUGUGUGGUGGAGAAUGCCGAGAAGAUCCUGGGCUACCUGAACACCAACGUGCUGAGCCAUGACCUCAUCCCACCCCACGUGAACUUCUCCCACCUCACUGCCAAGGACUACAACGAGAUGUACAGGGUGAUCAUGACGGUGAAAGAGGGGCACUUCAAGGAGCUGGGCUUGGACGCCUGCCUGCUGGAGGACGAGCUCAACAAGUCGGUGCAAGGGACUGGCCUGGCCUUCAUCGCCUUCACCGAAGCCAUGACCCACUUCCCAGCAUCGCCCUUCUGGUCCGUCAUGUUCUUCCUGAUGCUGAUCAACCUGGGCCUGGGCAGCAUGAUCGGCACCAUGUCGGGCAUCACCACCCCCAUCAUCGACACCUUCAAGGUGCGCAAGGAGGUGUUCACAGUCGGUUGCUGCAUCUUCGCCUUCCUGGUGGGGCUGAUCUUUGUGCAGCGCUCUGGGAACUACUUUGUCACCAUGUUUGAUGAUUACUCAGCCACGCUGCCUCUCACUGUCGUGGUGAUCCUGGAGAACAUCGCCGUGGCCUGGAUUUAUGGCACCAAAAAGUUCAUGCAGGAGCUGACGGAAAUGCUGGGAUUCCGGCCCUACCAGUUCUACUACUACACCUGGAAGUACGUGUCCCCCAUCUGCAUGGCCGUGCUCAUG